UUGCGUUAAACGGAACGGAUCGCGUCGAUAAAGUUACAGUGCUACAAGGAUCUUUUGGCACGUGGCCGAUUUUGGAACUAACGCCGCCAUCUUGCAAAGCGUCACUUUUGACAGAUAGCUGAAGUUGGUGUUUGUUCGUGCUUUAAUUUAGUAAAAACCUUUAUAAAUUAUGCCAAAAGUGAUAAGAAGUGGUGUUAGAGAGGUGGUUUUAAAAGUGAAGGACUAUUUUAUGCAAGAAAAGCAAUCUUGUGCCCCGAUUAUUCCAUUUGAAAGGGUAAAUGAGCGUGUCGCAGCUGCAACAGGUAUAUCUUUACGGACUGUUGCAAGAAUUGGAAAUGAAGGAAGAUUGGCUGAUGCAUCAUCGAGUAAAAUAGUUACUCCCGGAAAAAAUAGAAAAACAAGAAAGGAUAAAAUUUUAAUGGACAAUUUUGAUAUUGGUGUUCUUAGACGAAAGAUCCAUGAAUUUUAUACUUUCAAAAAAAGAAAUACCAACAGUGAAUAAGUUGCUGCAAGUACUUAGAGAAGAGAUUGGAUUCACAGGCAGCCGAGAAAUUCUCAGACAACAUAUAAAAAUGAUUGGUUUUCGAUUCAGAAAAACUAUAAGCAACAGAAAGGUCCUCAUGGAACGUAAUGAUAUAACUGCUUGGCGUGCUCGUUAUCUGCAGACUUUAAAACAUAAUGACGAUACAGAAAAACUACCUGUAGUCUACUUAGAUGAGACCUAUAUUCACUCCGGUCAUACAGCUGGGAAAUGUUGGCAGAAUGAUGAUGAAGAUGGAGUAUUAGAGCCCAUCUCUAAAGGUCAAAGAUUUAUUAUCGUUCAUGCCGGAGGUAAUCAAGGCUUUGUGGAGAAUGCUUGCUUGGUGGUUAAGUCACAAACAAAGAGUGGUGACUACCACGACGACAUGAACCAUACAAAUUUAAAAAAAUGGGUUUUAGAAAAGUUGUCCCCCAAUUUGAAGGAGCCCAGUCUAAUUGUGAUGGAUAACGCACCAUAUCACAACACAAGCGUCAACAAACCUCCAAAUACAAGCAGUAGGAAAGAUGAAAUCAUCGAGUGGUUAAGAAUAAACAACAUUGAAUAUUCAGAAGAAUAUACAAGACCACAACUCUUAGAACUUGUAAAUAGAAACAAACCCGAACCAGUGUAUGCUGUGGAUGCUAUUUUAAAAGGACUGGGUCACAAGAUAUGUCGUUUGCCACCAUAUCAUUGUGAUCUAAAUCCCAUCGAAAUGAUUUGGGCAUCCAUGAAACGAAAAGUAGCCGAGAUAAAUAUUGGGAGGCCACCAAACCAAAUGCCUGACAUGGUACAAAAUGCAUUCGAUACCAUUUCUGUCGAGGAAUGGCGCAAUCAUUGUGGCCACGUUAAGAAACUGGAAGAAGAGUACCGAAAAAAAGAUGGAUAUUUGGACGAACCAUUUAUCAUACGGUUAUGCUCUGAUAGCGAGGAAAGCACUGACGACGAUGAUUCUCAGGAUGAAGAUGAUGAAGAAUUUAAUCGCAUGCAACCUCUGGACGUAGUUCUUGCAGAACAUAAUUAUAGUAAACGAAUUUAAUAUA